UCGCCGGUGACGCAUGCGCAACAGCUGCAGCUCAAGAUUCAGGGAUCAGGGACUGUCAAAAGCUAUCUUGUCCAGCUCCCCUUCGUAAAUAUGCGGCAAUUGCCUUAAUUUCUCCUCGUUCUGACAAUGUUGACUGGAGGUUUGGGCUUCACAAUUUGCGAGCAGUCAUAGAAAACUGUGUGCAUAUCUCAGAUGCAUGAUGCGGUGGUGGCCUAAUUUCCACUUGCUGCGCUGCUUGCGGCUGCGGGUGUGCACCAGAAGAGGACGGAGCAGGCUGCCGCUGUGGUUGAGGGAGAUAUGUGCCUAUGUGAGACUGUUAGUCCGGUCACUUUACUUUAACGCCCUCACCGACUCCGAUGUAGUCUUCGACUCAGUCUUUGAGCCAGUGUUCUGGACUGUGGAUCAUGUCACUCGCUGGUUCGGGAUGGUGUUUGUCUGUCUUGUGGUGAUACUGACCAGCUCCAUCGUGCUGAUAGCUUAUGUGGUUCUGUUGCCUCUGGUCCUCAACACAUACUCCCCAGUGUGGAUUGCUUGGCACCUUUGUUAUGGACACUGGAACCUUGUCAUGAUCGCCUUCCACUACUACAAAGCUACCAAGACCUCCCCUGGAUCUCCUCCUACAGUAAAAAAUGACAUUCCAUUUGUAUCUGUUUGCAAGAGAUGCAUAAUUCCCAAACCAGCCAGGACACACCACUGUGGUAUCUGUAACAGGUGCAUUCUGAAAAUGGACCAUCAUUGUCCCUGGUUGAAUAACUGCGUAGGACAUUUUAACCAUCGCUACUUCUUCUCCUUCUGUCUCUUCAUGACUAUGGGCUGUGUUUACUGUAGCGUCAGUGGCAGAAACCUGUUCCUGGAUGCGUACAAUGCUCUUGAGCGCUUUAAGCAUAUGGAUAUGGAAAAGCCAGGGGUACCGGUGACAGGGAUGGGACUUCUCAUAGGGAUUCUCCCCCCUGGUCAGACCAAUUAUCAGACACCUCCACCUCCUUACACCUUCAAGGAUAAGAUGAUUCACAAGAGCAUCAUCUACAUGUGGGUCCUUACCAGCACAGUGGGAGUGGCCCUGGGUGGUCUGACUAUCUGGCAUGCAGUUCUCAUAUCCAGAGGUGAGACCAGUAUAGAACGCCACAUUAACAACAAAGAAAGAAAGCGCAUGGCGAAGCGGGGCAAGCUGUACAAAAACCCUUUCAGUUAUGGGCGACUAAAUAACUGGAGGAUCUUUUUUGGUGUAGAGAAGAGAAGCCACUGGGUGACACGAGUUCUCCUUCCUUCGGGACAUGCCCCAUAUGGUGAUGGUCUGACGUGGGACAUCUAUCCAGUUAAAAAGGACAUGAUGCCUGUAUGACCCUUGCCAAGAUUCCUUUCAGGCAUCGUCUGCUUCCAGCAGCCUUUGCCCUGUCCAGCCCGCUGUGGUCAUUAGAUCUAGUUGGCUAUAAGGGUCCUUGUAUGGGGGUAGAAACUGCUCCUUACAAGUGAAGAAACAGGGUUAUGUAAGCCUUCAGUACCUCAAGAACAUGCUGUGGAGUAGACAAGUGGGCCUUGUUUGAUUAUCUGGAAUAUUAAGCAAUGAGAAGGCAAUGUGUCAUUCUCCACUGGACUUUUUCUGGGCGAGUCUUACGGCAUGUCCUUUAUGACUUGAAGCAAUGUGCUGAUGAUGAGUUUGAUAUUUUUAUAAACCUCAUAUAUACUGAUUGACAUAUCAGACUGACGGACUGACAUAUCAGUGGACUGUAAAAUAACCAUCAAGGAUCAGUCACUACAUUAGCAUUUUUUGAAAUAGACAUCAGACUGAUUGAAUUAUGAUUCACUGCUUGUUUUUCUGAAAGUUAAUCAGAACCAAAGAAACAACCCAGCUAACGUUCGGGCCAAAACCAUUUCUCUUAUAUCUUUAUGCAUCACAGCCACUACAUGUAGAAUAAACUGUAUUUCCAGCACUGAAUCCUCAUGUUUACCUCCCAACAUCCAAGAAAAACUGCAGCACCAUGAUCAUUUACUGUUUAUCUGUAUUUUGUACAUGUCAAGUUAAAAUAUCUUCAUAAAUUGCUUUAUUUAAAUAA